AUGGGUGCUACAGGCGGGAGCGGGGUGCUGGCGGCCGGGCUGCUCUGGGUGGCCCUGGUGGCCGCUGUCACCGAGGAGCCGCCGGCGCACGCCCUGGCCGAGGUGCUCUUCUGCCAGCCGGCCAUGCCCUCGCUGGGGCUGGCGCUGACCUUCGACGCCGACCAACUCUUCUGGUUCGACUUCCCCGGCUCCCGCUGGACCCCCCGUCUGCCCGACCUCCCCCCGUGGCCCCCCGCCCUGGAGCCCCCCACCCAGCUCCUCCGCGACGCCACGCUCUGCCAGGACCUGCGUCGGGCCCUCACCGCUCUGGCCGCCGGCAUGCUGCCGGAGUCGAAGGGCAUCCCGGUGGCCGACGUCUUCCCGGUGCAACCGCCGGCGUUGGGCGAAGCCACCACGUUGGUGUGUAUGGUGGCGAACAUCUUCCCGCCGGCGGUGGAGAUCAGCUGGCAGCUGGACGGGGUCCCCGUCACCCAGGGGGUCACCCACACCCACUACACCCCCACGGCCGACUUGACCUUCAUCCGCUUCUCCUACCUGUCGGUGACACCCGCCGCCGGCGACAUCUACACCUGCAUCGUCACCCACGAAGGGGACAACGCCUCCGUCGUCGCCUACUGGGUGCCCCCAAACCCUGUCACCUCCGAGGUGCUGGAGACGGCGCUGUGCGGCGCCGCCAUGGCUCUGGGCAUCCUCCUGGCGCUACUGGGCAUCGCCAUGGUCCUGGCGGCACGGCGGAGCGCCCACGGUUGA